AUGACGAUACUGUCUUCAUUUAGAUCUAGAUUUAAAAAUAGAUUAGAAUCAAAUCAAAUUGAUGAUGAUUAUUCAAUACCAUCACCUACUACAUCAAGCACAACAACAACAACCUUAAAUCGACGAAACAAUUCAUCUAAUCAACAACAAAUACAACAAUAUUCCGAAGAUUACGAAAUUAAUAAUCAUUCAUUACCUUUAUUAUCUCAAAUUAAUCAAUCUAUUCCCCAUCAAAAUAUUAAUUUUUCACAAAAUUCAAGAUCAUUAUCUUUUCCAACUAUAAGUCAUUUAAAUUCUAAUAAUUUAUAUCAUCAACAAAGUUUACAAAAUUUACAAUUACAAUCAUUACAUUCAUCUAAUUCACUAGUUAAUGAAACAACAUUACUAAAUAACUUAGAAGAUCAAGAAAAUUUUGAUCCAAAUGAAGCAGUUCCCACAUAUGAAAUAUCACAAGCAUUACAUCAAAAUUCUUCAAAUAAUUUAAAUAAUGAAUUAACACAAUCACAAGAUUUACAACAACAACAACAACAACAACAACAACAACAACAGUUACUACUAGAUCAAUUUCAACAACAACAACCUCAGGAAUUUCAUAGAAAUUUAUCAACAACUUUUUCACCUGAAUUAUUAUCUCAUUUAUAUACUCCAAUACCUUCAUUACCUAUACCUAGAAAUAAUUCAACUUCAAUGUUAUUAUCAGAAUCUUCUGAUUCUUCUUUACUGAAUCAUACUAUUAUAAACACUAGUCAACAACAUCAUCAUCAUCAACCACCAUCGCCGCCACAACAUCAUCAACAGCAUAAUCAACAACAUCGUCAACAACAACAACCAAAACAAGCCAUACGUAAUAAAUUCAAACAAACAUCAAUUAAAAAAUUAGGAUUAAAAUUUUUAAAUGCAAGACAACAUUUUUUAUUAGCUAGUUGUAGAGAUGUUAGUUUAUUACCUCCAUUAUUUGGAUUAUUUCAAGCUUGGAAAAGAUUAUAUAUUGAUGAUGAUGAAUUACUUAGUACACAAAUUAAUAAAAAAUUAACAACUGCAAGAAGUUUAGAACAUUUUCUUACUGGGAUUUGGUGUAUUGUUGCUACUUAUUUAUCAUAUUCCAUUUUGGAUUCUUUAUUAGUUAGAUGGAUUAUAACUUAUUCAACUUCAGCUGCUAUUGUUAGAGUUUUAUCAAUGUCUACUAUAAUGAUUACAAUAGAAUUAUAUUUAGUAAAUACUUUUUCAGCUACAGGUUAUCAAUAUGGUCUUCAUAUAUGGAUUUUAAUAAGUUGUUUAUUAACGCUCACAUUUAUUGUUCAAAAUUUUGUAACUUCAAAUCUUCAGUUGGAAUUACCACAAUCACAAAAACCACCACUUACAAUAGAUAAUGAAGAUACAGGAAUAGAAAUAUCUAAUAUUCAAGGUCCUCAAUCUCAACAAGUUAAAACAUUACGUAAAAAGUCAAUUAAACCAAGAAGAUUUUUUGAUUUUUAUAAUAUUGUUGUUUUUGCAGUUGUUCCCGUUGGAUUAGCUAGUUUUGUUACAAUGAUUGGAUUAUUAAGAUCACUUUUAAUUUUAAGAAUUGAUGUUGAUCAAGCUAUUAAUAGAAAUGGAAAUUAA